GAAGUCUAACUCUUAUUUAAAAAGCUUAUAAGACUUGGUCAAUAAUCCUAAAUGAUGAAUUUUCAAGAAGCAAUAGUAUAUUAUGUAUCUACAUCAAGGAAAGUGACAUGUUUAUCCAGUACUAAAACCAAACCUUCUCUACAUACUUCAAAGUAGAGCAAAAAUUUAUAAAUUUUGAUUACAUACUUGAUAUUUUUUGAUCGAUCAAGAAACAAGCAAAAUGAUGAACAAAAGGCGUCUCACCAUCGUCCACGUCUCCGCUGAUCCAUCUUUAGCCGGAUUGGAAUUGCAAGAUAACGAAAGCGCCGCCGCCGCCGCCGCCGCGGCGGCCGACAAUGGGAAGAACACGAGCAUCCACGUGACGGCCAUAGACGGCAUAGUGAACGCGAACUCCCUCUUCACGAUGGCGAUGUUCAUCGGGUUUUCCAUGACCGUACCGGAAAACGCCACCACGGUGUCGAGCGCAGCGUGCACCACCAGCUCGGAGACGGUGAGGCGGCUGAUCGUGUUCGAAGUGGUGUCGUUCAGCUUCUUCCUCUUCUCAUCCCUCGUGGCUCAGAGCUUAAAGCUUCAGAUCAACCUGCGCAAUAGCAUGGACCCCACCGAUCCUCACCGAGCCGACAUCAACGUCGACCACCUCAAAUACUGCCUCUUCGCCUCCGCCGUCGGAUCGGUCGCGGGCUGCACGUUCUUGACGAUGUCGAUCGUGGAUUUCAUAAGGGUGAAAUUGGGGUCGCUGUCGUGCGGCGGGAAGCCAGUAUACGCGGUGGUGACGCUGCUGGUAUUUGUGGGGUCGGGGCUGCUGGUUUAUGUCAUCACUGCUGCUCGUGCUGCUUUCUUUGUGCAAAACCAACCCCCAGCAGCUACUGCUCCUGUUCUUCAGCAAAAUCAGCAGAGCUAGUCGAUUACAACAGCUUCAGUUCGUUUCAUUAGUAGUAAUAUUUAGUUUUAAUUGUAUUAAUUAAAUUGAUACUCCCUUCCACCAAAAGUGUAACACCCGCCUUUUUUUAAUGAUAUUAUCUUAAUAAUAAUAAUCUGAUAUAUAAUUAGUGUUAA